ACUAGAACUAGAACUAGAACGUGUCCUUAAUAAUAUUGAUGGUUAUAAGGAGGAAACAGUAAUGGUGCAUGCUUUGCAUUCAUAAGUACAUGGGUCACUAUGGUCGCGCCACUCCGCUAUGGAACACGCUGUUGCAAGUGAGACCACACUGCACCAAUGCAUGCGCCAUCGCACGCUACGCUCGCAGCGGCCAACUCGACCACGCACGGAAGGUGUUCGACGAAAUGCCUCUCCCUCACAGAACCAUCUCUUCGUGGAACUCCAUGGUCGCCGCGUACUUCCAAGCCCGCCAACCGCACGAGGCCCUCCACCUGUUCGAGAAAAUGCCCCACAGAAACACAGUCUCGUGGAACGGCCUCAUCUCCGGCCACAUCAAGAACGGAAUGCUGCGCGAAGCGCGCAGGGUGUUCGACGCAAUGCCCGACCGCAACGUCGUCUCCUGGACCUCCAUGGUGCGCGGCUACGUGCGCGGCGGCGACGUCGCCGAAGCGGAGCGCCUAUUCUGGCAGAUGCCACACAAGAACGUGGUGUCGUGGACCGUCAUGCUUGGUGGGUUGCUGCAGGAGGCUCGCAUUGAAGACGCCCGCAGGCUGUUUGAUAUGAUGCCUGAGAAGGAUGUGGUGGCGGUUACCAGCAUGAUUGGAGGGUAUUGUGAGGAGGGUCGAUUGGAUGAGGCGCGUGCGCUGUUCGAUGAAAUGCCGAAGAGGAAUGUGAUUACUUGGACCGCUAUGGUUUCCGGGUAUGCGAGGAAUGGGAGGGUGGAUGUUGCCAGGAAGCUUUUUGAAGUGAUGCCGGAGAGGAAUGAGGUGUCCUGGACGGCUAUGCUUAUGGGGUAUACUCAUAGUGGGAGGAUGAGAGAGGCUUCGGAGCUUUUUGAGGCGAUGCCGGUGAAGGCGGUUGUUGCUUGCAAUGAGAUGAUCAUGGGGUUUGGGCUUGAUGGGGAUGUGGAUAGAGCAAGGCAUGUGUUUGAGGGAAUGAAGGAGAGGGAUGAUGGAACUUGGAGUGCCAUGAUUAAGGUGUACGAGAGGAAAGGGUGUGAGUUGGAAGCGUUGGGUUUGUUUGGGAGAAUGCAGAGAGAAGGGGUUGCGCUGAAUUUCCCUUCGUUGAUUAGUGUUCUCUCUGUGUGUGCCAGCCUGGCGAGUCUUGACCAUGGCAGGCAGGUCCAUGCUCAGUUGGUGAGAUGCGAAUUUGAUCAGGAUUUAUAUGUUUCCUCGGUCUUGAUUACGAUGUAUAUUAAGUGUGGUGAUCUUGUGAAAGCAAAACGGGUUUUUGACAGGUUUCCUUUGAAGGAUGUUGUUAUGUGGAACUCUAUGAUCACGGGUUAUUCUCAGCAUGGGUUGGGAGAGGAAGCUUUGGAUAUUUUCCAUGACAUGUGCUCCUAUGGAGUUCAACCAGAUGAUGUUACCUUCAUUGGAGUUCUUUCAGCUUGUAGCUAUAGUGGCAAGGUGAAAGAAGGGCUAGAAUUGUUUGAAUCAAUGAAAUGCAAAUAUCGAGUGGAACCUGGAAUUGAACACUAUGCUUGCCUGGUUGAUUUGCUAGGUCGAGCUGGGCAGGUGAAUGAUGCAAUGAAACUAGUAGAAGAGAUGCCUAUGGAACCUGAUGCUAUUGUUUGGGGUGCAUUGUUAGGAGCAUGCAGAACCCAUAUGAAGCUAGAUUUGGCUGAAGUUGCAGUUAAGAAACUUGCCCACCUAGAACCCAAAAAUGCUGGACCUUAUGUCUUGCUCUCAAAUAUGUAUGCAUCUAGAGGAAGAUGGGGGGAUGUUGAAGUCCUUAGGAAAAAAAUAAAAGCUAGAAGUGUUAUCAAAUUGCCUGGCUGUAGUUGGAUUGAGGUGGAGAAAAAGGUACAUAUGUUCACUGGGGGCGACAGCAAGGGCCACCCUGAGCAGCCUAUUAUCAUGAAAAUGUUGGAGAAGAUAGGGGGAUUGUUAAGGGAAGCUGGGUACUGUCCUGAUGGUAGCUUUGUUCUUCAUGACGUGGAUGAGGAAGAGAAGACACAUAGCUUGGGUUAUCAUAGCGAAAAGGUAGCCAUAGCAUAUGGACUCCUAAAAGUGCCUGAAGGUAUGCCAAUUAGAGUUAUGAAAAAUUUGCGGGUUUGUGGUGAUUGCCAUUCUGCGAUUAAAUUGAUUGCAAAAGUCACUGGAAGGGAGAUCAUUUUGAGGGAUGCUAAUAGAUUUCAUCAUUUUAAGGAUGGUUACUGUUCAUGCAAGGACUAUUGGUGAUUCCUUGAAACACGUAUGGCAUAAGAUUUGAAAAAGCUGUUGGAAUAGAGGGUUGCUCUGUCCCUGAGCAUGAUGGGCUUAGAUACUGUGUACUUUGGUGGGCCGUAUUUUACAGUCAAACAGAAGCUCAUUAGUACAAAUUGCAAUUGUAAUAUACACUACCGAGUAAUUUUGUACAUUCUGCUCAUCUGCUGACAGCAUCAUUUGGGAUUAUCAUUAAAGAAAGAGAUCUAAUGCUUAUACCGUUUGCAGCCUCAAAAGUUUGUAUUCAAAAUUUAAAAUAGAUGGAAUUAAAGCAUGUGCUUUCAAAGAAUUGGCACUUGAUUGAUGCCAAUUGCUGACAAUUUUAGUGGCUCAACUGAAGCAGUCCAAGGCGGAUAUGAGAAUGUUUUAAACUGGUGUUGGUAUGGAUAUGCUCUGACCCAUAUACCACUAUAACUGGAGUUGUGUUUCUGGAACUUUUGAUGAGGAUGCAACCUAUAUCACAUUGUAAGAACAUUAAUUGCAAGAAAAUUGGAAGAGGCAGUUGACGCUUGAGGAUAUAAGAUUGGAAUCUAAGAUGAUGUUACAACAGAAAUUUGCAUAACCUUGUGAUGUGCUUAAACUGAAAUUUGCCUCAACUCGGAAAGAAUUCAAACAACAAUCUCCCGAACCCAGCAUAUGCUCCUGCUGUAUGAUUUAAUUGGGACAUAUAGAUGAUAAUUCAUAAAGAAUUUAGGGCAAAAUUCUUAUCAAUCUGGCAUCAUAUUCUCCAUUAUAGACAAAAGUAUGGGUUCCUACUGUCCGAUUUCAUUGAGAGGUUCUUAUUUCUUAACAUUGGCACUCAUUUGUUGCUAUGAAAACACACACAGACCCAUCAAAGAUGAGCUAGAAAAAAAUAUUGCGAUGCUGCCGGGAACAGUUUUCUUUCUGCGAUGUUACUUCUUAUUAUAAUAGCCAAGUGGCAUCAUCAGCAUUCUACAUGAUAUGAGAGGACGAGUAACUCUCUUCACCAGUCUCAGAAAGUGGUCCUGUCUGGGGUCAUUACAUUCAUUAUACCUUGUUGAUCCAAUUACGAUAACUGUAUAUCAGCUUGUUUGAUGGAGUCAACCCCUUGCCUUCCUAGGCAUGAUUCCAUCAUUGUUAAGCAUGGUCUAUUCUGUUUUUUACUCAACCCGAAAACACCCAUAUCCUUUGCACUUUGAGUUUGAGCUGAGCUGUUUUUGGUUGUUGAAUGUAGACUAUUGACCGUGCUAUAAUUAUUGUGGGUGGUGGAAUAUGAUUUUUUUGUGUAAUCUUUAAAAGUGUUUGUAGUUCAACUUAUUGAUUUUAUAAAUAAAUAAAAGGUUUGACUA